CGGCUUUUAGCUCCACCAAAAAUGUGCCGUCGCAACUUCAUCAAGAGUUUGCCCUGUCCAGAGCCAUCCAAGAGACAACAAUCAUGGCUUCCACAACCCCCCAAUCCAGCCUCUCUUUCCCCAGAGAAACAUUCGCGAAGCUCUCUCCUCACCCCUACCUCCUUGCACACCUACAACCUAACUCAACAGCCUCCAAACCCACUCGCGCAAACGGCAGAUCACCAAAACAAUUCCGCCAGCCUCACGUAAAUAAUGGAUCCCUCACGCACGCAGAAGGAAGCGCAGUGGUACGGAUAGGAGAUACGACCGUUGUCUGCGGGAUUCGUGGCGAGAUCCUGCUUGCUAGCAACGUGGCUGGGUUUCGUGUUGAUAAAUCCUCCGCCGCACCUUCAGCCCGCCCUGGAUACAAUGAAGCUAAAGAGAUGGAUUUGUUGGUUCCGAAUAUCGAGUUAGCGACUGGAUGUUCGCCUGCGUUCCUACCGGGCCAACCCCCAAGUACGUUGGCGCAGAGUUUGAGCACGAGAAUAUAUUCUUUACUGCAUUCCAGUGGCCUGGUUAACGGGGAGGAUCUGAGGAUAUGGUAUCAGCCGCCAGAUCUCAGUAACCAGGACAAGAUAGAUGAGGACGAAACGGAGAAGAUUGAACCUGAAGUCAAGGCUUUUUGGACGUUAUACAUCGACAUUCUAUUCAUCUCACUCGAUGGCAACCCUUUCGACGCUGCAUGGGCAGCCGUCAUAUCCGCUUUGAGGGAUGUGCGGUUACCAAAAGCAUACUGGGAUCCAGAUCGAGAAAUGGUACUUUGCGAAGACACGCUGUCUGAAUCGAAAAAGCUCCAGUUGAACGGACUACCGAUUGCCGUUACGAUGUUGGUGUUUAAGGCAAAGGAGCAGGAGCAAGGACGAGACAAGAAGCACUGGAUAUUGGUUGAUCCUGAUACAUUUGAGGAGGGGCUUUGCGAUGAAUCCGUUACGAUCGUAGUUGAUUACGGGAGCAGGAAAACGAAAAUAUUGGGUCUUUCAAAAGCUGGGGGAACGAUUGUAGGAAGGGACGAGAUGAAAGAGCUUGUUGGUCUGGCGGAAGAGAGAUGGUCCCAGCUCAGCCAACUCCUGAACCGGUGAGCGAGAGCCAUGGUAUCGAUAACCUGUCCCGUCUGUGAAGACCAUACCGGUGAGCUCACUCUGGCUGAGUAUCCCGAGUCUGGUGCAGCACAGCUUGCCAGACACCAGGUGCUGCUGAUGGAGUGGCAACUGCUCAAGCAACUUGUCGAGGUAUGCGUUGUGGCGAUAUCUCAAGAAAGCUGCUACGCCUAGGAUGCCAAGUCUUACAUCAAAGGACGCAUACAACCAUGUCUAGCUUUGGUCAUGCUAUGUAAUUGGAGAUGCAGAAAUCGAAACCUACUAUGAUC